AUGGCUCUAGUAGCUGGACCUUCCACUGCAAAUGCUUAUCUUUACAACACCACUAUCCACACAAAAUACGGUGAUGUGAAGGGCAUUCCAGCCCUCAAUGCUACCUGCUGCGCCUACCUGGACGGCUACGAAAGCGUCACUGUCUGGAAGGGCAUUCCUUUUGCUGCCACUACCGGUGGUCUAAAUCGUUGGAAACCUCCGCAGCCUCGUGGACCCUGGAAUGACACCCUCAUUGCAGAUAAAUUCGGGUCAGCCUGCCCAGCUGGAACCUCCCCAACGGGCUCGGCGGAUACUGUUUACGAUGAGGACUGCCUGAAUCUCAACAUCUGGAGUUCAGCCAACUCGACUGCCGAAAAACGACCCGUCAUGAUCUGGAGCUACCCCGCUGGUGCUAACGGCGCGUGGAGCAUGUUCGACGGCGGUGGUCUGGCACUCAAGGAUAUCAUCGUCGUCACCUACAAUUAUCGCACUGGACCCUAUGGCUGGCUUGCUCUUCCAGAGCUGUGGGAAGAAUCUGGAAACAUCACCACAGGCAGUUACGGUCUCCUCGACCAGAUAGCAGCGCUGAAGUGGGUUCAUGAGAACAUUGCCGACUUUGGUGGUGACCCGAAGCGGAUCACGACUGUUGGUCAGUCUGCCGACAGUGCGGCUGUAUACCACACCGUCAAUAGUCCAUUAGCCAAGGGCCUUAUCGUGGGGGCCAUUGCUGAGAGUGGUAUUCGGGACCCUCGCGAUCCUGCGUCUCAUGAGCUUGCAGAGGGUUACAACAAUAUGUCGACCUCCUUGGCUUUGGGCGCAGAACUGAAAGCAGUUCUUAAUGUUACUACACUGGAUGAGCUCCGUCAAGUUUCAGCAAAGGUGAUAAAUGAAAACAGCGGGUUUACUUCAUUUUCUAACUGGAGAACGACCUUGGACGGCUAUGCCAUGCCUGAAACCUACUGGCAAGAGCUGAACAAAGGACCAGCAAAUGACGUCCCUUUGAUCACUGGAAAUACCAAGGAUGAAUCGGGCGCUGCCUACGGCACCAACAUAUCUGUGGCAAACUAUAUCGAAAUGCUCAAUUCUACCUAUGGCUCUCUUGCCAGCAAAUUUUUGGAGGCCUAUCCUGCAUCAAACUAUACCGAGGCAUCCAUGAGCUCUAAUCUCCUUGCGCGUGAUACUUCGCUUAUUGGAUCCUGGAAUUUUGGCCGAUUCUGCUCCAAGUCCGCCUCGUCGCCAUUCUACACCUAUUAUUGGGACCAUGCGCCGCCUGGCCAGGACCAAGGGGCCCACCACAUGUCCGAGAUUACUUAUAUUCUGAACAAUCUCUACGGCACCAACCUGCCAUGGCAGUCUGUCGACUACGAGAUUGCGGAUAUUUUGAGCAGCUACUGGGCUAACUUCGUCAAGACCUCAAACCCAAAUAUUGGAAACAGCCACCAUAUGAACGUGUCCCUUGCAUACUGGCGCCCAAGCAACAGUCGCAAUGCGACGACUUUCCAUCUGUCGCCCCCGGCUCCGAUUAAUGCCAAUGGGCUGCCAGUCGGCUAUGCUCAGGUAUCUGUCGCCACGGAAGGUCACUUGAACCUUUUGAAUAAGUUCUUCCGAACCCAGGUUCCUCUCUAG